AGCCGAUCUUAAAAGAAGUUGUCGAGCUGUUUGGUGUCAUUCUUGGUCCGCAGUCAUGAGGGCUCUCUUCCGCCUUACCUGUUGGCUCCUCCUCGCGUCCACCUGCCGGGCCGGCCUGCCCCCCCGCGACCAGGUGGCUCGUGUCGCCCGCUUCAUCGCCCACCUGUGCGACUGGACGUCCAUGGCCACCAUCAGCAGCCGGCGGCCGGUGGCCGGGCAGCCCUUCUCCAACGUCUUCUCGGUGAGCGACGGGCCGCGAGGUUCCAGCUCAGGUGUGCCUUACCUGUACUUGACUCGCAUGGAGGUCUCCGUGCAGGACCUGCAGGUGAACCCCCAGGCAUCUUUGUCCAUGUCUCUGGCUCAGACACAUUAUUGUCGCCAGCAGGGAUUCGACCCUCAGAGUCCGCUCUGCGCUCACAUCAUUCUGUCUGGAUCUGUGUUAGAGGUGAACGGCACGGAGGCUGACUUUGCUAAAAAAGCACUCUUCAGUCGACACCCUGAGAUGAUUGACUGGCCGUCUGACCACAGCUGGUUCUUUGCCAAGUUUAACAUCACACAGGUCUGGGUGCUGGAUUAUUUUGGCGGGGUGAAGACCGUCAGUCCAGAUGAAUACUUCCAAGCUUCCCCAUACGAAAAGCACAAUUAAUUACUAUACUAUAUUCUGUCUGUAGUUCUAUGCUGUGGAUCAUGAUGUGCUUUUUAUACAAAUAUGACAAAAUAUCUGUUGUGUGUGUGCAAGUGUCAAAGAAUGAAUUUGCAGUUCUACGGGUGUGUGCUUAUUUUAAAGCCUCAAAGACGGGCGAGGUUUGAUUUGGUCUAAAAAGUGUAACCUUACUUUUUUUUAAAUGUUCAUAAUGUACAGUACACACCAAAAGUUAGGACACACCUUCUUCUCAUUCACUGUGCUUCCUUUAUUUCCAUGACUAUUUAUUUACAUUGUAGAUAGUCA